GCAUAUUUACCAAAUUACCACUGCUUCUUUGGCUUUCUUUUUCUCUGCGUCGUUGUGCAGAGAGAAAGCGAAACCCAAAAGAGAAGAGAAAAGCAGAGAAAUGACGAGCGAAGAGGAGAACGGAGAGUUCUACCUUCGAUAUUACGUGGGACACAAAGGGAAGUUCGGUCACGAGUUCUUGGAGUUCGAGUUCAGGCCAGAUGGCAAGCUCCGAUACGCCAACAACUCCAACUACAAAAACGACACCAUCAUCCGCAAGGAGGUUUACCUCACCCCUGCCGUUCUCCGCGAGUGCCGUCGUAUCAUCUCCGACAGCGAGAUCAUGAAGGAAGAUGAUAACAACUGGCCGGAACCUGACCGUGUUGGCAGGCAGGAGCUUGAGAUUGUGAUGGGAAACGAGCACAUCUCCUUCACAACCUCCAAGAUUGGGUCUCUGGUGGAUGUUCAGAGUAGUGCAGAUCCAGAAGGUCUUCGCAUCUUUUACUACCUUGUUCAGAGAGAAGAUCAUAUGAUCUCAUGUUUGAGUUGAAGGAAAAUAUGUUAAGUAACCAUUUGUAGGAGAAGUGUAUGUAAGAAUUAACAGGAGGGAGGGGAAUUGGGCUCCAUAUUUGAACUGCUGUAACUAAUAAUGCAGCCACUAUUUGAAGGAAGUUAGUUAUUUUUGGGGAGGAACGGUGGUAACAAGGGGAGGUUAUGGAAUAAAAGAUCUGAAGCAAGGUGGAUCCUUGUGUUGUCGCUUGAGAAAACGUGUAGAGACUUGAGGAGCUCUAACUCUCCCACAGGAGCGUUCACAUUUGUCAUAGAUCCUAGAGCAUUACACAGAUAUUUCAUGCAAUUUUUCUCUUUUACCAUAGGUAAAUAAAGGAAAUCAAUAAUCAAAUCGACUGAGGAUUUUGUUCUUCUACUGUCAUAUAGGCCAAACGGAGCUAAAUGUUGAGUUAAGGUCAAAUGUAGAUUUAGUUGGAAGUUAUUAAGAAUUAUUCUGACCCUGGUGAUUAUAUUAGAGAAGUUCGCUUGAGUGAGAAGUAGAGUAACAAUUGUUAUCUUUUGUUCAUGAAUUAGAGUGUUUUUUAUUGACUCGUUGUGCAAAGUUUAUU